CAAAUCGGCUCCUCUUUUUCACAAUGAACCUUCUAAAUUCUGUGCGCUUUUCCGGGCCCAAAAAUUAUGAUGGGUUCGGCUUGAAUGAAUCUUAUUAUCUGGUCCUUACUCCGUAAUUGCAAGAAAAUCUGACAUGUGCAUUUAACCUCGUAGACAACCUUCAUCCGCUAAUAUCUGACUCGACCGUUCCUGUCUUCCGCCCAAAGCCUCCGCUAGUUUUAGUCGGAUCUCCCUCCCGACGUUGACGCUAGAGCCGAAACAGUCACAUCAAUCUCAAGAAGCCCAGAUCCGUUCUUUUCUAUCUGGAGGAAAAUCAUUCUCUCCUUGAACCAGCCGUACAAGAACCUCAUAUUGUCUUGCCCCCUAGAGAAGUGAGCGGCGUGGAAGACCUCCCCGUGAGGCUCCUUCAGCGGUCACAAUAACCCCGCCAAGCUUGAGCGACCAAAACUCCGGGCCAUUGGGUGUUGGUCCGAAAUCAUGGGUCUACUUGCGGUGGGAACCCCUCUCGACUGGUCGGAAGCAAAGAAGCGUGCAAGCCAUGUGCGGGAAUGGGGGAUCGAGCAAUUGCUUGCAAUAUGGAGACGGGCCAAGGGCAAAGAGAGAGAUGCGUUGCUUUGGGGCGAUGAGAUUGAAUACCUCGUCGUGGCAUUCGAAGAUCAAGAUCGCAAUGUGAAAUUAUCCUUGCGUCAAGCGGAUAUCCUGACGGCGCUUGCAAAAGAUGAAUCCCUCAAAGAACAUGGCGGCGUCGUUCCAGAUUUGCAGUCGGUCGAAAGAAAGAACGAAGCGCUUCCCGUCUUUCACCCGGAAUUCGGCCGCUUCAUGCUCGAAGCAACCCCCGGAAAGCCAUGGGGUAUCAACUGCAAGGACUUAUUGGACGUUGAACCAAACAUGAAAUGGCGGAGAAUCUUGGCUAAAGAUCACAUGCAUGGAAAUGAAUUUCCAGUAACGCUGACGACGUUCCCUCGGCUUGGAACGAAGGACGAAUUCAUCACUCCUUAUUUCCCUCCGUCAGGCCCUAAGUUGCGCUCUCAAUUUCUGCCCGACGAAAUUGCAAACCCCCACAUUCGUUUCCCCACGUUAGCAGCAAACAUAAGGGCAAGAAGAGGCCGGAAGGUUGAGGUCAAUGUCCCCAUCUACCGGGACGAGAAAACCCCUUGGCCCUUUUUUGACCCAACGGUCAAUUAUGAUUUGCAUCUCUGGCCCGAAGACGAUGAUGUGCGAAAUGGCGCCGUUAAAGAGAAUUACAUAUACAUGGAUGCUAUGGCUUAUGGCAUGGGAAGCUGCUGCCUCCAGAUCACAUUUCAGUCAAAGAAUAUCUCAGAAGGGCGGACUCUCUACGACCAACUUAGCCCCCUUGGGCCAAUCAUGCUUGCCUUGACUGCCGCCACCCCCAUUUACAAGGGGUUCCUCGCCGACACCGAUGUGCGAUGGAACCAAGUCAGCGCAUCCGUGGAUGACCGGACGCCAGAGGAAUUGGGUGAAAAGCCAUUAAAGAAUGACCGAUGGCGGAUUCCCAAAUCCCGAUAUGCGUCGAACUCGACGUACAUCGCUCAAGACCCGCGGCUGCGACCAGAAUAUCUCGAUCCCGAUCUUGUCACUGAUGAGAAGCUUAAAGCAAGAUUGAUCGAGGGCGGCAUGGAUGAAUUGUUGGCCACGCAUUUUGCCCAUCUCUUCAUCCGCGAUCCCAUUGUCAUCUUCAGCGAAGACUUGUUGGAGCUUGAUUUGAACAAGACGGACCAUUUUGAAAACUUGCAGUCUACCAACUGGCAGCACAUGCGGUUCAAGCCCCCUCCACCCGAUAAGGACACCGGCUGGCGUGUGGAGUUUCGGUCCAUGGAAAUCCAAAUGACCGAUUUUGAAAAUGCGGCAUUUUCCAUCUUCAUCGUGCUGGUCACUCGGGCUAUUCUAAGUUUUGAUCUCAACUUUUACAUUCCCAUUACAAAGGUAACAGAAAACAUGGAGACUGCGCAUCGGCGUAACGCUGUUUUGGAUGAACGCUUCUACUUCCGCAAGCGCCCUUUCCCCUCACGUUCCACAAAGGCCAAUGGCACCGGCACCCCUUCUGGCACCACGACGCCUACGACCACCAGUCGACCGGCCACGCCGCCUGGCGAGGUCGAAGAUGAAUAUGAAUUGAUGACCAUUGACGAAAUAAUUAAUGGUCAGUCACGACCAGCCGGGGAUGGCUUCCCCGGUCUCAUUCCAUUGGUGGAGACUUAUCUCGAUUCAAUCAAUGUGGAUGUGCAAACUCGAUGCGAACUUGCUCGAUAUCUAAGCUUAAUUCGAAGGCGAGCCAAUGGAGAGCUUUGGACUGGGGCCAAGUGGCUGCGGCAUUUUGUUGGCACACAUGCGGAAUACAAGAAGGAUAGCGUGGUCAGUGAGAGCAUCUGCUAUGACCUGGUCAAAGCUGCCAACAGCAUAUCCACGCCAGAAGGACGUCGAGAGGGGCUCGGGGAUGAAAUGCUCGGCACGUGGCGGGAGCAGGAAGAAAGCGCGAUAUCCACCGUCUAACUAUGAUCUUUCCGAGACAUGGUUCCCCCUUUUCUCUUCCCUUUUCAUUUUAUAACUCUAAUUCUGCGCCAUGGAUAUAGUAUAGAAGGGUAUUUGUUGCAGAGAGCAACUGUAUAUAGACAAAUCUAAUCGGAGCGAUCCCUUGGGUUCAUGAAUAUGACUUCCAAUGGGGAACACUAAAAUGCUGCAAAUGCUGUAGAUAACAGGC